CCCUUCCCUCCUCCUCCUCCUCCUCCCGUGCUCCGCCGGUGCCGCCCGGAGACGCCCCCUCGCCUCGCGCAGACGGGAAGGAGGAGCCCGGCUCCUCUCCAGAAGCGAGGGGGCUCGGUGGCCCCGUCCCCCCCCCCGCCUCCCUCCCUGCCGCGCUGGGGGGCCGAGCAGGAGGGGGCGCGGGAUGCUCUUCGCGGAGGUGGCCCCCCUGCGAGCGCACAUAAACCUAGAAAAAUUCCUGCCAUAAAUUCUACUAGCCUGCUUGCUCUUACAUGCCAGUGUUGGCUAUCUGUGAAAGAAAAAGCUCCAGUACCAAUAACCCUGCAGAGAUUCUCAUGCUACAGAUGACUGUGAGAGAGGCAAUUGUGUUAAAGGGCUGCCCCAUUGCAAUAACACAAAGCCACACUUGGGAAUCCUGAGUCCUCUUCCUAGGACCACUGGACAGGAGUCAACAGUGAUUGAUAUUUUCAGAAGUGUUGUUUAAUGUAUAUAACACAAGUAAGGGAGUUCAUUGAAGAAACCAGCCCCAUGGUUCACCACAGAACUAGGAAAUUUAAAGAAGACUAAGAUGUCUGGAAAGAUGCUGGUGAAAAACUUCUUCUGAAGCUGAUAGAACACGCUAUAGAGCCCAUUGGAAGACUUAUGUAGCAGCAGUGGUAGCAGCGAAGAAAAAUUACUUUUCUGCAACCAUUGCAUCAGCUAAAUCACAUCCAUCCCAACUGUUAAGACAAUGUUUGAAGCAUCAGAAGAUCACAACCACUGGGAAUCCUGUUGACUGCUGUUUCCUGAUAAUCUUGGGAAUAACAUCAGUCUGGCAUGGCGCAGGGCAGCCAGCAACUUGACAUGCAGGUACUCCAUGACCUCCGACAACGUUUCCCUGAAAUUCCUGAAGUUGUGGUGUCUCAGUGUAUGCUUCAGCACAACAACAACAUUGAUGCUUGUUGUCGAUUUCUUGCGCAAGAGAGUAACAAAUACUUGUAUAUGGAAUACCAUAGUCCAGAUGACACGAGAAUGAACAGGAAUCGCCUUCUCCAUAUUAACCUGGGCAUACAUCCUCCUACCAACUAUCAUGGAGGGGAUGGAGCUCAACUUAAUGGUGGUCGUACACUGGUACAUAGUUCAAGUGAUGGACAUAUCGAUCCACAACGCACCACAGGUAAACAGCUGAUAUGCUUAGUUCAAGAACCGCAUUCUGCUCCAGCUGUUGUGGCAGCUUCUCCCAACUACAAUCCAUUUUUUAUGAAUGACCAGAAUAGAAACGCAGCUACUCCUCCUCCGCAACCACCUCAACAACCUUCUUCCAUACAGCCUGGAAUGAAUACAUCUGCUAUGCAAGGCCCUCCUCCUACAUAUAUGCAUAUACCUCGGUACAGCACAAAUCCGAUUACUGUUACAGUAUCUCAAAACCUCCCCUCUGGACAGACUGUACCCAGAGCUUUACAAAUUCUCCCGUCGAUUCCAAGCAAUCCUUAUGGGAAUCCUGGCUCUCUGUAUAUUAGACAGACAUCUCAAAGUUCUUCAGGACGACAGACUCCUACACAAAAUACACAGUGGCACUCAGCACCACAAGGUCCAGUCCCACAUUAUAGUCCACAUCCGCUGCCAGUUUAUCCACAUCAACAGAACUACCAGUCUUCUCAGUAUUCUCCAAAACAGCCUCAGAUUCCUCAGUCACCUUUUCGAUCACCACCUACUUCUCAGUGCCCCUCUCCAUUUGGUUCACCUCAGCACCAAGUUCAACCUCCUCAGAUAGGGCAUCAGAGUUCCCAUGUAUUUAUGCCUCCCAGUCCUUCAGCUGUGCUACCCCAUCCAUAUCAACAAACAGCCCAGACGUAUCAAAAACAAGGUGGACACUCAGUAUCUUAUCUACCAUAUGGUGGACCUAGUUUAUCCAAAGGCUCCAUGAACAAGAUAGAAAUUACAGUUGAGCCACCACAACGACCUGGGACUUCAAUGAAUAGGAGCCCUUCACCUAUAAGUAACCAACCAACUCAACGAAACCAGCACCCACUGUAUGCCCCUGCUACUCCUCCUUCAAGUUCUCCUUCCAGAAGUAUGUCGGGUCAGCCCAAACCUCCUUAUACUGUCAAUCCUGUGUAUAUAACCUACACACAACCAGCUGCACCUACUGGCGCACUUACACAGUCACCCCGGGUAAUGGUAUCUCAGCCAAAUCCUGCAGUUUUUAAAAUUACAGUAGGUCGAGCACCAGCGGAGAACCUUUUAAAUUUAGUGGACCAAGAAGAGCGUUCUGCAGCGCCAGAGCCUAUUCAGCCCAUUUCAGUUGUACCAGGAUCGGGAGGUGAAAGAGGGAGCCAUAAGUACCAGAGGAGUUCCAGUUCUGGAUCAGAUGACUAUGCCUAUACUCAAGCCUUGCUGUUACAUCAACGUGCAAGGAUGGAGAGAUUAGCAAAGGGACUGAAAUUUGAAAACGAGGAGCUUGAGAAGCUCAAAUCUGAAGUGAAUGGUAUGGAGCAUGAUCUUAUGCAAAGACGUCUUAGAAGAGUGAGCUGUACAACCUCAACCCCAACACCUGAAGAGAUGACCAGAUUGCGAAGCAUGAACAGACAGCUCCAGAUAAAUGUUGACUGUACACAGAAAGAAAUUGACCUCCUGCAGUCUAGAGGAAACUUUGACCCGAAAGCCAUGAGUAACUUUUAUGAUAACAUAGAGCCUGGUCCUGUUGUGCCACCAAAGCCAUGUAAAAAAGACCAUCAGAGCAGUUCCAAACAAGCUGUGCGAUCACAACCAAGAGAUGAAGACUUUGAAGGAGCUCCGUGGAAUUGUGAUAGCUGUACCUUUUUGAACCACCCAGCACUGAAUCGCUGUGAGCAGUGUGAAAUGCCGCGGUAUGCCUGAAUCCACUAAGGGCUUUGGAUUAAAAAAACAUAGGCUCUUCAGCACACAGCCAUAGGAAAAGGAGUCGGGGGCACCUUUCAGUCCAUCUGCCAGGCAUUUGCCUGCCAAUCAUUUUCAGAUUAUGAGAGAAAUUCCCCUUCCACUCAUGCUGCACUAAAGAUUAGUAUGGGAAGAAAAAAUAUUCUCUUAUCCCACUGUGGUGAGCAAGGCUGAAAGGAUACCCUAAAUCCAAAUGGAUUUCCUCCUUGAAGAAUGUAUACAGGAAAGCAGGUGAUUGCUGCUGUUCUAGCCCCUAUAAUCACACAUACUGGGUAGUAACCCUAACAUAUAUUUUUAUAAGCAUAGAACUAUUACUUUGCGGUGUGAAGUGUUACAGGUAUCCAGACAAACUGAAGAGCCAGAGCUGAUGAAUCUGGCCACAGCAAGCUGGAAAACAAAAGGCUCCUCCUGUGCUUCCAGAUUGUAAACUACUGAAAAAGAAGACCGCGGGGCGGGGGGGGGGGAUUCAAAGAGAACAAAAGGGUAUUAGUAAAUGCUGCUUUUUUCAGGGUAAUUUAAGUCUACACGAUUGCUCUUUUGAAAUUGUGAAUUGUGGUGAGAGGAGAGAAGUACUGUAUGAGCCUUAUUUAUAGAGUACAGUCAGAGGUGAUUUUACAAUCCCUUUUGCUUGUACAGCACUCACCAAGUCGCGUUAACACUGGUAAUUAAGUAAUUAUACCAUAUUACAGCAGAAAACUAGUGCUGCAUGCUUUUAUUAGGCCAUUGUGUUUUAAAGCUAAAAGUAAAGUAUGCUUUUAUAAAUGACGUUCCCUUAACUGUGCUUGACUACAGUGGAGCGGACGUAUGCCAAAUGCCGAACUAUUCCAAAUUUCUCUUUGGAAGACUUGAGCUCAGCCAUCAUUAUGUAUAAGAAGUGUUUGCACCCUAUUCCUUAGGCCUUUCAGCUUCCAAUUAUGUGAAGAAUUCAUAAUGUUUACAGCACAGAAGGUACUUUGUGCCCCCAUUCUGAUUUAGCUGAAAAUUAGUAAUCAAUAUUAGCUCUUCAAUAAGGGUUUAUUUGCACCUUGUUAAUAAACCAGCCUUUAUUAACUAGUAAAGUGGCAUAUUUUGAAAUGUUGCAUACUUCAUUUCUUCUUUGAAUUUGGUCAGUUAAUUUGCAUAUUUCCUUCUCCAAAAAAAACCGGGUACUGUUAUGCAUCUGACAUUAUAAAAGUGGUGUUUGGUUUGAGUGCUUCAGGUUGCUGAAUAAAGCAUUCAUUUGUAAAAGUUUCUUGGUUCUAAAGCGGAGUAAUUCUAAACAGUAUGUCAGAAUGUUUAGGAUUUUUUUUCCACUGGCAAAAUACUAGGACAAAUGUGCAAACAAGUGUGUUUUGAGUCACAUGAUCAUGUAGAUAUUUCUCAUAUCUUUUGGUAUAUACAGAUGAUAAUGGUAAGAUGUUCAAGUUUGUUGUUCAAAAUGGAGUUUAUCUGGUAUGAUGCGGAAGUGUUAAUUCAUCUAUUUAAACGCUAACUCCUCAGAAACUAUUUAAUAUCAGAUAGAUCAAGGAGAAUGAUCAAAUAAAAGGGAUUAGUGUUGAACGUUGAGAUUCUUAUUGAAAUUCUUCACUUGUAACUCUGUUACAAAUAUGACCUAUGAAUGUCUGAAAGAAAUGUUUUAAAGUUCUCCUUCCCUUAAGAAGUAUCAAAAGUUAAAUAAUCUAAUUCUUCCUUUCUACAAACCAGAAAAUAAUGAUCUGAAACAUAAGCCAGAAAAUAAUGAUCUGAAACACGUUAGGUAAAGUUUUUUUUUCAAUUACCAGUUAAAUCUUUACCUGUUCAAUAACGACUAUCAUGAUUCCAUAGUUAUGCAUUUGUGUUUUAUAAACACAUGUUCCCAUUUGGCACUCAUUCUGCCACUGGCAGUUAAAAGUAGAAGUAGCAUGUUUGAAAGGUAUAUACUACUUCAUCACACCAGUAUGACUGAGGGUGGUUUCGUUUAGAAAGGGGGAGAAAGAAAGGUUACAGGACUUGCAUGCAUCCUAUCUGUUUCGGGUGCAUUCAGCCUUAAGUGUAUGCUUUCCAGAGUCAAACUCCUACAGGGCCUUUGAUACACUCUCAGGGCUCUCUGCUCAUACCGGUAUCCCUGGUCUGUUAUGUGAGUCAAAGAAUGCUCAAGGCAUGUGGAUUUCCCCCAUUGUGUGUCUACAGAUUCUUUGAUUCUGGUGAGAAAUCAGGGAAACCAUAUACAUAUAUCACUGCACACUGGAUAUGCAGAUUUAUUGUUUUGGAGACCCAUCCCCUUUUGCGGUUGGCUUUCAAUUAUGGGUAGAAGGCAAAAAUACAACUUGUUGUGGAAAAUAUGAUAGCUGGGUAGUAAUGAUGAUUCAUACAGAAAAGCAUGAAGCAAAUUAGUCGUACUUAUUUGUUGACACUGCAAAAAAUAUCUGGCUCGCUUUCUGUAUAAAUAUCCAUUCUUGCUGUACUGGCCAAUUAGCAAUGAAAUUAAUUUAUAGGGGACUUGAAUUUUACUGUUUGAGAGUUACAUACAAGUAUUGGAUGUAAACUUUUACUUGGAAGAUACUGGGAAUAGGUGACUCAACCAAAGUGGUCUUAGAUUAAGCCCAAACCAGUACUAAUUUCAUAGAACCUUUUGAUUAAUAUAUUCAUGGCCCUUAGUAUCACUUGACAUAUAAAAUGCAUUGCAAUGUAUACAACUUGAAAAUGUGCACAUCUAAGUGAUGGGAUUUUGAGGCCAUCAGGAAAUUUAAAAAUGCACUACUUUUUAAUAAUCACUGAGCUUUCCCUUGCUAAUAGUGCUUGGGUAAGUACAGUCGGGUAACCUGUUUGGACAUAAAAUAUUCAAGCUUAUGUCCAGGUUCUCCCAAAUACUUCUGUUUAUAAAUACCUAUUUUAUAUUUAACUGCUGUUAAGAUGCUUCCCUUUCAAACAUAAAAAUACAAAUGCUCCUCCAGGUUUUAGUCGAUAGAAUAGGUUAUGGAAAAAGUCAGAAAAUAGCAAGCCAAAAGUAAAUCCUCAAGUUGGAUAUAUGAUGAACUAUCAAGCUAGUUUGUUUGUGUAGAAAGGGAGGGGCUAAGAGAAAAUGUUUUGUGAAAUAGAUCAAACUGAAGUGUGUGUGUAUGUCUGUGGUAUGUGUGUAUUUUCCCUUAUAUGGCAAAUGUGCAAAGCAAGUACAAUUUUUAAAGAGCUGGUCUCAGUCAUGCUACUAUGUCACAAUUUCUUUCUUUAAAAGUUGCUUUCAGUUACUGUAUGUCUCCAUUCUGCAUGCGCUCUUCAUUUACCCCCAUUAUGAUUGAUUGUAAGCUUCUUUAAAGAUAUUUGAAUGCACAUAUUUUGAAAUUGGAACAAAACUGCAAAAUAAAAACGUGUUUUAAACAGAAGAUGAAAAGAUUUGAUGUGCUGAUUAAUGGGAUUGUGACUCUGGAUUGACAAGCAUUUAAUAAAAGAAAAAAGCCGUUGUGUUGCCUAGAAUGUGAAAUUGGUUCAUAGUACAGUAUGUGAGGUAGCCAGCUGGGCUCUCCUUUCCUCUAAUAGUGUUUCUCCUGAUACUGUACAUGCUCAGAUGCAAUAGUGAAUCUACAGUGAAAGAAGAAAACAUGCACAGAAAUAAAUGCAUAUUAUAGCCAA